UGAACAGCUGUCCUGCCCCUCAGAGAAGGAGCACUGGAGAGAGAAGGGAGGUCAGAGCUUCUGGCCGUUUCGUCUGGGUCCCUCAGUCACUGGGUGACUGCCCCUCGGUGUGGAGAUACCAGCAGAGCGGUGACGCUGACAGAUUGUCAUGGCGACCAGUGGGGACCCAGAAGAGGAGCAGGUGGUCCCAAGUGAAGAGGAUGAAGCUGACGUGAGGGCUGUGCAGGCUCGGUACCUCCGGAGCCCCUCUCCUAGCCAAUACUCAAUUGUCUCAGACGCGGAAACAGAAAGUAUUUUCAUGGAUCCCAUUCACCUCUCCUCAGCUGUUGCAGCUAAACAGAUCAUCAAUGAAGAACUCAAGCCUCGGGGCAUCAAAGCCGAGGCAGAGUGUCCAGGCAUGCUGGAGUCUGCCGAGCAGCUGCUGGUGGAGGACCUGUACAACCGUGUCAGGGAGAAGAUGGAUGACACCAGCCUGUACAACACCCCCUGCAUCAUGGACCUGCAGCGGGCCUUGGUCCAAGACCGCCAAGAGGCCCCCUGGAAUGAGGUGGAUGAGGUCUGGCCCAACGUCUUCAUAGCAGAGAAGAGUGUGGCUGUGAACAAGGGGAGGCUGAAGAGGCUGGGAAUUACCCAUAUCCUGAAUGCUGCUCAUGGCACCGGUGUCUACACUGGGCCUGAAUUCUAUACUGGCCUGGAGAUCCAGUACCUGGGUGUGGAGGUUGAUGACUUCCCUGAGGUGAACAUCUCCCAGCAUUUCCGGAAGGCGGCAGAGUUCCUGGACGAAGCCCUGCUGACCUACAGAGGGAAAGUCCUGGUCAGCAGUGAAAUGGGCAUCAGCCGCUCGGCAGUGCUGGUGGUUGCCUACCUAAUGAUCUUCCACAACAUGGCCAUCCUGGAGGCCCUGAUGACUGUGCGCAAGAAGCGGCCCAUCUACCCCAAUGACGGCUUCCUGAAGCAGCUCCGGGAGCUUAACGAGAAGCUGAUGGAGGAGCGAGAAGAGGACUUCGGCGGGGCAGGGGGAGCGGAGGAGGCGGAGGAGGGUGAGGACGCCGGGAGCACAGUCGGGGCCAGAGUGUACGCCCUCACCGUGGAGGAGGAGGAUGAUGUCACCAGUCACCUGAGUGGCUCCUCCUUGGGGAAGGCCAGCCGGGCCUCCAAGCCCCCCACCCUCAUUGACGAAGAGGAAGAGGAGAAACUCUAUGAGGCGUGGAAGAAAGGGCGGGGCCUCCCCACAGGCAAGGUUCCCCAGGGCAGGGACAGCAGGGGAGAGGAGGAGGCCGAGGAUGAGGAUGUGGAGCGAAUCAUCCGGGAAUGGCAAAGCCGAAAUGAGAGGUACCAGGCAGAAGGGCACCGGAGGUGGGACAGGGAGGAGGAGGCAGAGGAGGAGGAGAGUGACACCGGCUCCUUCGUGAGGAGAAGACGGAAGCACACGCUGAGUGAGAGCAGCACCUCGGAGAGUGUUAGCAGCCGGGACAUCCGAGUCCUGAAGCAGCAGCUGGAAAUGAGCAGCCAGAACCGAGGUGGGAGACACCGCUCUGACUCUGUGUCCACGGAGAGCACCUGGGACAUGUGGAACCAGAGGCUUCUGGAGAUUGAGAAGGAAGCUUCACGGAGGUACCACUCCAGGAGCAAGAGAGAGGAGGUGGACUCCAGCUCCGAGGUGGGGAGUGGGAUGCGGGAGGAUGAUGAGCAGAGUGUGUCCUCUGAGGCCAGCUCCUUCUAUAACUUCUGCAGCAGGAACAAGGACAAACUCACUGCCCUGGAAAGGUGGAAGAUCAAGAGAAUUCAGUUUGGAUUUCACAAGAAAGACUCAGAGGCAGGAGACGGCAGCAGUGAACAGGAUGCAGAGGAGGUCGAGGGGGAGAAGAAGAACCCCUCUGACGUCAAUCUGUCAGCCUACCAGGCCUGGAAGCUGAAACACCAGAAGAAGGUGGGCAGUGAGAAUAAGGAGGAGGUGGUGGAGCUCAGCAAGGGAGAGGACUCGGCCUUGGCCAAGAAGAGGCAACGGAGGCUGGAGCUGCUGGAGAGGAGCAGGCAGACGCUGCAGGAGAGCCAGUCCAUGGGAAGCUGGGAGGCGGACAGCUCAGCUGCCAGCGGGAGCAUCCCUCUGUCUGCAUUCUGGUCAGCGGCCCCCUCAGUCAGUGCUGAUGGGGACACAGCAUCCGUGCUUAGCACACAGAGCCACAGCUCCCACCCAUCUCAGGCCCUAAGAAACGUAGGGGGAUGCUUGGCCUCUGCCCCCACCACACCUCUACCUAACUUGCCAGUGGGGCCUGGAGACACUAUUUCCAUCGCCAGCAUCCAAAACUGGAUUGCCAAUGUAGUCAGUGAAACGCUGGCCCAGAAACAAAAUGAAAUACUGCUCUUGUCCCGCUCACCAUCUGUUGCAAGCAUGAAGGUGGCACCAGCCGCCAGCUGUCUGGGGGAUGACCAAGUCUCCAUGCUUAGUGGACAGAGCAGCUCCUCCCUGGGUGGAUCCCUGCUGCCUCAAAGUCAGGCAAGACCCAGCUCUGACACACAGUCUGUUCUGUCCUCCCAUACCACACAGAGCUCGAGGGCCGAAGGUACUGGGAGCAAAGUGAGGGGGACCAGCAAGCCUAUCUAUAGCCUCUUUGCUGACAAUGUCGACCUAAGGGAGCUUGGCCGGAAGGAGAAAGAGAUGCAAAUGGAGCUCAAGGAGAAGAUGUCUGAGUACAAAAUGGAGAAGCUGGCCUCCGACAACAAACGCAGCUCCCUUUUCAAGAAGAAGAAGGGCAGGGGAGAUGAAGAUGAUGACGUGGGUGACUGGGAUGAGGACACUGACAGUGCCAUAGGGAGCUUCCGCUAUUCUUCCCGCAGUAAUUCUCAGAAACCCGAAACAGACACCGCCUCCUCCCUGGCUGUUUCUGAUAGCUAUGGAAGUGGCAGCAGAGCUGGCAAAGAGAUGGAUAGCAGUAUUAAUAAGUGGCUCAGUGGCCUCAGGACAGAGGAAAAAUCUCCUCCCCAAAGUGAUUGGUCUGGAAGCUCCAGGGGGAAGUGCACCAGAUCUUCCCUGCUCCGGGAGACAGAGUCUAAGUCCUCCAGUUAUAAGUUCUCCAAAUCCCAGUCAGAGGAACAGGACACCUCCUCCUACCACGAGGCCAAUGGCAACUCUGUAAGAAGCACUUCGAAGUUCUCUGCUUCCUCCACCAGGGAGGGCAGAGAGAUGCACACGUUCUCCAGGUCGACAUUCAGUGAGACCUCAAGUUCUCGAGAGGAAAGCCCAGAGCCCUACUUCUUCCGUCGGACCCCUGAGCCCUCUGAAGGGGAAGAGUCCCCAGAACCACGGCGUCCGAAUUGGGCCAGACCCAGGGACUGGGAAGAUGUGGAAGAGUCAUCCAAGUCGGACUUUUCUGAAUUUGGAGCCAAGAGGAAAUUCACCCAGAGCUUCAUGAGGUCUGAAGAGGAGGGGGAGAAAGAGAGGAUGGAAAAGAGAGAAGAGGGGAGGUUUGCUUCAGGAAGGCGGUCCCAGUAUCGGAGAAGCACUGACAGGGAGGAGGAGGAGGAAAUGGACGAUGAAGCCAUCAUUGCUGCCUGGAGACGCCGGCAAGAAGAAACCAGGACUAAGCUGCAGAGGAGGAGGGAAGAUUAAGCUGGGCCACAUGUAUCUGAGAGAUGAGCUUGCAAAGGCACUAUGUUUUGUCAGUGACUCCAGCUUAUAUCCAGGAAGGCUGUGAAUGCAGGAUGUAGUUCUAUAUGUAGAGGUUUUGUAAUGAGACCCAGGAACUCUAUCCUGUGCCAAGCCUCACCACUCCCAGAAAUGCUGAGUUCUGGUUGUUUCUUUAUAAUGUUUUGGAUCUCAUUAAAUUGAUAUGGUGCCAAACA